AUGGCGGCCACCCCGCCGUCGUCGCGGGACCCGUCGCCGCAGCCCCGCCGUCCCGCCGCCGCCGCUGGCCGGCCCGCCGCCAGCGGCACCGGCGCCGGCGCCAGCGGCAACGGCAAGCGCGGCGGCCUCCUGCUCGGCCGCUACGAGCUGGGCCGCGUCCUCGGCCACGGCACCUUCGCCAAGGUCUACCACGCGCGCCACGCCGACACGGGCGAGACGGUCGCCAUCAAGGUGCUGGACAAGGAGAAGGCGCUGCGUGCCGGCCUCGUCCCGCACAUCAAGCGCGAGAUCACCAUCCUCCGCCGCGUCCGCCACCCCAACAUCGUGCGCCUCUUCGAGGUCAUGGCCACCAAGUCCAAGAUCUACUUCGUCAUGGAGUUCGUCCGCGGCGGCGAGCUCUUCGCGCGCGUCGCCAAGGGCCGCCUCAAGGAGGACACGGCCCGCCGCUACUUCCAGCAGCUCAUCUCCGCCGUCGGCUUCUGCCACGCGCGCGGCGUCUUCCACCGCGACCUCAAGCCCGAGAACCUCCUCGUCGACGAGCGCGGGGACCUCAAGGUCUCCGACUUCGGCCUCUCCGCCGUCGCCGACCAGUUCCACCCCGACGGCCUCCUCCACACCUUCUGCGGCACCCCCUCCUACGUCGCGCCCGAGAUGCUCGCGCGCCGCGGAUACGACGGCGCCAAGGCCGACAUAUGGUCCUGCGGGGUCAUCCUCUUCGUCCUCAUGGCCGGCUACCUCCCUUUCCAUGAUCAGAACCUCAUGGCCAUGUACCGCAAGAUUUACAGAGGGGAAUUCCGCUGCCCGAGGUGGUUCUCCAGAGAUCUCACCAGCCUGUUGAAUCGCCUUCUCGACACCAACCCGGAGACAAGGAUCACCAUGGCCGAAGUCAUGCAGAGCAGGUGGUUUCAGAAGGGAUUUCGGCCUGUCAGGUUCUAUGUUGAGGACGAUCAGCUGCACAGCUUAGGGGACGGUGAGAGUGAGGAGCUGGGUCUCGUCGAACCUACCGAGCCGCCGCCUCCUCCUCCUCUUCCGCCACCGCUGCCACCACCACCGCAGCAAGAGGAUGAUGACUCAGGGUGGGAGUCGGAUUCCUCCGUCGCAUCCUGCCCUGCCACGCUGUCGUCCGAGGAGCGGCAGCGGCCUGCCGGGCGUCUCACACGGCCAGCAAGCCUCAACGCUUUCGAUAUCAUAUCCUUCUCCAAGGGAUUUGAUCUAUCAGGGCUGUUCGAGGAGCGAGGGAGCGAAGUGAGAUUCAUCUCAGCACAGCCCAUGGAAACCAUUGUUACAAAAUUGGAGGAGAUUGCCAAGAUGAAGAGCUUCUCCAUUCGGCGCAAGGACUGGCGCGUAAGCAUAGAAGGCACCAGGGAAGGGGAGAAGGGGCCAUUGACGAUUGGGGCUGAGAUAUUUGAGCUUACACCAAGCCUCUUGGUGUUGGAGGUGAAGAAGAAGGCUGGGGAUAAGGCAGAGUAUGAUGAUUUCUGCAACAAGGAGUUGAAACCUGGGAUGGAGCCUCUCGUGCACCACCAACAGGGCUCGGCUCGAAAUGUACCUUCUGAUACGGAGUAG